CGGUCCCUCCCUGGGAACAAGCGCUGCCCACCCAAGGAGGCGACCGGCGCUCCUGCCCCGCUCCCGCUUGCUCACUCGCACACACAUAUACUCCGUGCGUGCGCCUCUCUCUCCCUCAUUGAAGUCAGUGCUUGUGUUUUCAGGUUGCUCAGACCUGAAAUCUAAGGGAAAAAGCUCAGCGUUUGCAUCUCCGCUCCAGCUACUGGCGGUGGUAGCGGCGAAGAGGAGAGAGGGGGCUUUCCUGGAAUUUGUGGACCCCAACUUGGAGUCUUUGGAUCUCGGCGUUUUUGGAAUGUCUACAUGCUGAUCCUCUUUGUUGUGGCACGCCAGCUCGUUUGGGGAAACCGUCUGAAGACAGCAAGAUGUUUCUCGCUAUCUUGUACUUCGUUUUACCCUUAGUGGAUGUACUUCUGUCCGCAGAAGUGAGCGGGCUGCCUGGAGGGGAUCGCCUUGACUGCGUUAAAGCCAGCGAUCAGUGUCUCAAGGAGCAGAGCUGUAGUACUAAAUACAGGACACUGAGGCAGUGUGUAGCCGGCAAAGAGAGCAACUUCAGCCGGGCGACAGGCCUGGAGGCAAAGGAUGAAUGCAAAAGCGCCAUGGAAGCUCUAAAGCAGAAAUCUCUGUACAACUGCCGCUGCAAGAGGGGCAUGAAGAAGGAGAAAAACUGCCUGCGCAUUUACUGGAGCAUGUACCAGAGUUUACAGGGAAAUGAUUUGCUUGAAGAUUCCCCCUAUGAACCAGUUAACAGCAGACUAUCAGACAUAUUCAGGCUAGCGCCAAUGGUAUCAGUGGAGCCAGUACUUUCAAAGGGGAACAAUUGCUUGGAUGCAGCAAAAGCUUGUAACCUAAAUGAUACCUGCAAGAGGUUCAGAUCUGCUUACAUAACCCCCUGCACCAGCAGCACGUCUAAUGAAAUCUGUAACAAGCGGAAGUGUCAUAAGGCCCUCCGGCUAUUUUUUGACAAAGUUCCCCCAAAGCACAGCUACGGGAUGCUCUUCUGCUCCUGUCGAGACGUAGCCUGUACAGAAAGGAGACGGCAGACUAUUGUUCCUGUGUGUUCAUAUGAGGACAGGGAGAAACCAAACUGCCUGAAUUUACAAGAGUCCUGCAAGAAGAAUUACAUCUGCAGAUCUCGCCUUGCAGAUUUUUUCACAAACUGCCAGCCUGAGUCACGGUCUGUUAGUAGCUGUCUGAAGGAGAACUAUGCUGACUGCCUCCUCGCUUACUCGGGGCUUAUUGGCACAGUGAUGACACCAAACUACAUAGACUCGAGUAGUCUCAGCGUUGCCCCAUGGUGUGACUGCAGCAACAGCGGUAAUGACAUAGACGAAUGCCUGAAAUUUUUGAAUUUCUUCCAGGACAACACAUGCCUUAAAAAUGCAAUUCAGGCCUUUGGCAAUGGUACUGAUGUGAACGUGUGGCAGCCAAUCCUACCAGUACAGACCACUACAGCUACAACUACAACAGCUUCCAGGCUUAAAAAUACGGGUUCAGAGACCACCAACAAUGAAAUACCCACUCACAAUGAUUCACCCGCAUGUGCAAACUUGCAGGCACAGAAGAAGCGGAAAUCCAAUGACUCUAUAGACACAGAGCUCUGUCUUAAUGAGAAUGCUAUUGGGAAAGACAGCACAGCAGGAGUCUCCACAAGUCACAUAUCUUCAGAGAAUUCGUUUGCUCUUCCUACAAGCUUCUCUCUAAGCACACCGCUCCUUCUGAUGACAAUUGCACUCUCACUCGGUUUGUUCCUAAGUUCAUCAGUCAUCUUGUAGCUGCGUUACAAAGGGACAUAUUAAAAAAAAAAUCUGUUUCCUGUCCUAUGUUGUUUAUCUGGAAUUCCAGGUCUGGGAGCUAAGCUAAGGCACUCCUGCUAGAACAGUUUCAGUCAGCUGGAAUUUUUUUCUCUCUCUAAAAAAGCUUCUUGUGUCAUUUAGAGGCUUUGUGAAAUACUUGGUGCAGUGCUACGUUCCAAACCCAAAAAGGCUUUUGGGCAUGCAGUGUUUUAAAGAGACAGUGUGUAAAUUUGCCUGUAAAGCGGCCUGGUUGGAUUAUUUUAAUGAUUAUUAUUUUAAUUCUGGCCCUUACCUAAGAAGGAGGAUGGCAGUUUUCGUAAGAUCCUAUUUAUCUUAUUGAAUGGUUUUGGUUUUCAAAUUGAUUGAACUUCAGACUAUCAAGGAGGCCAGGCUUUUGUCUAACAUUGAAUGUUCUCCCAGAGAGUGGACUUGAUGAAACGUCUUCAUUUGAUAAAUUGCUACUGAUGUUAAACUCUUUCAAUGUGUUAGCAUUUUCCUCUUUAAAUGUUUAUGUACUGUAAGUGAUUCUGCGUUCCCUGCUGAGAAGCCAUUAUAAGUCGCAUACAGGUAUAAUGUAUGUUUUUCAGUUAAAUUUUCAUAAAAAUAGUGUUGCAUAGAUCUUUCUAACAGUACAUUUAUUUUUUAAUUAUAAUCAUCUAGCCUUAACAGGGGUGAAGCGUCUUUAAAUUAACAAGAAACCGCCAUUGUGAAAGCUUCAUAAUGUUUCUUUAAAUUUGAGGAUAAGCAGUAGAAACAAAUUUUGCUACCGGGUUUCAGCUGUACAGUCACUGGUCUUCUAUGCGUCCAUUGUGAUGAUAUAAUCCAGUUGUUUUAUUGUUUGUUUAAUAAAAAUGCCGUACAGUUUUAUUUGCUCUACUAAAACAGCAUUAUCUGCUCAUACACACAUGAUAACGUCAGCUCAAAAAGUUGCAGGUGUUUAUACCUGAGUUCUGCUAUCACAGCUUUGUAGAGGUAAAGAGGUAGGUUAUCAUUUAAGUUGAGCUUUAUUUCUUAAACUGCUAAAAUCAACAUAAAAGGAUUAUUAAUCCAGUUACAAGGCAGAUUCAUACAUGCUCGCCCACAUGACAAGCUUUUCUCACACUAGUAAUUCCUACUACAGUCCGUGGGGUUGCUGACAUGAUGAACUGUUUGCAAGACCCAUCCCGUAAAUAGUUUGGAUGGCAGUGUUGCCAGUAUACGUGGUUUGAUCACUUUGAUUUUCAUUCAGUGACAUUGACAGUGUAUGCUGGCUCAUGAUUUUCUGCAGUAUCUACAAGGGGUUCUUUAAAGCUUUAAAUGUCAUCAAAUAGGCAGCAUUUCUCCUAAGGGCUGUCUUUGUACCUUACUGUGAUGGCAUGGUGACUGUUAUAAGCAGUUAUGUCCAAAUGAUCAACAGUAAUCUGUUUUUGUUUGUAUUGAAAGCAGAAGAUAACUUUGUAAGGCAAAGAGUUCAUCAUGUUAAAUUUACCGAUUUAUGUUAAGACUUACACGGUUGUGUGCAGGCCUGCUUUGAAAUGUCCCUAUCAGUUACUUACAAUGCAACUAUAUACAACAAAUUACUGAUUUAUAAGCCGCAGUGAAGUUUGGGAGUAUGCAAAAUGCACAUUUUACUAACAGAUUAUUAAACCUAUUGACAAGUUCAACUUUUGAACUUUUUCUUCAAGCUAAUAAACACUUUCAGAAAUUCUAAAA